CAGGAGAGAGGAUGGUAACGCUGGGGGACCUGCCAGUGCAGAGUUGGUGAGAGGGCGAAGGAGCACCAAUGAUCUUUUCAAUUGACUUCACUAUCACCUUUUAUGUUGAUGCUGUUUGGGUGCAAUACAAUUAUCAAACCAGGAUUAAUGCAGUUAGUCAGGGGAGGCUUGCCCUCUAGGAGUCGCUAUUGCGCCUUCUGUGUUACGGCUGUGGUGUUAAUGGCUGAAGUCAGGUCCUCUGUCUGGGACACCCCCUAAAGAACUUAUUGCAGCUGUUUGGGUGGUGCCCUUUCUUAAAUGGAAAUUAAUUAACCUCUAAUGUAGAAUAUGAGCACUAGACAUCAAUAAAGUGUGUGGGCAAGUGUAAAGGCAGGGAACAAGCCAGACAGGGCGGCAGCCCAUCGCAAGGCAAAUAGCCUACAUGUAAUGGUUAUAAUAACACACAUCAUUAAAAUGUUUCGCAAGGCUGCUCGUCACACUCACUAUCUGUGGCCAACAUUCUCCAUACAGUAAGUCAUACCUGUAUAUAAUAAAGACAUCCUGAAUGCCUGUAAACUAAGUAAUAGGUGUAAGUAUAGGCUACCCGUUUGUUAUUUAUUAAUCGCUUACAGUCUUAAUGUGAAUUAACUCUUGCUGUAAAAUAAUUCCUUGUAGAAAAUCCACAAAAGAACGGAUUGUGGAAACUUUGAGAAAUAUGAUGUCGUAAGCGAAAUAUGAUUGAUGUAAUCGCGAGGGUGGAGGUUGGUGUUCGUGCGCCCGCUUUCGAAGUGGAAGGAGCGCCUCUCGUGUUGCUCCAGAAUCCAGGAGGAGCCUGUCGCGGUAUUUAAAUGUUUUUUUUUCUUUCUUAUGAAGCUUUAGAGCAGUAAAGUACCCAAGAGUAUUUCCUCUAGGAGUGUUUUAUAAUUUAAAAAAAGAAAUUUCUUUGUAUAAGAACGCAGAAUAUUGGCUAACGACUCCAAUACAAUAAUAAGAAGUUUAAGAAAAGAGAAAGAAAACGAAAGGUACAAAGUGACAUAAAAGAGAUGCGAUAUUCUUUGGCGUGAGAAGUGACCUGCGGCAGCGCCUAGUCAGGAGCUGCUUUUAGAGUUAAAAAUAAACCCCCCUUUCGUGAGAAGCCGGAAAACCCGCAAGGCCACCGCACGCAAUCAAUGGACUUACAUGUGCCUGCCGCCGCCGGCUCCCGAUAUGGAGGCGGCUGGGCUGCCCAGAAUGGCAGAGGGAACACCCAAAACCGCACCAGGCCUGCUGAGAAUGAGGGCCUGCAAUUCCUGAGUCGAGAGGAGAGGGAGUGCAUCAGGUUUUUGGAGGAGACCAUCGAAUCACUGGAUGAAGAUCUGGAUGAAGCAGAUGGAAAGCGGUUGUCAGGGGCUGCCGAGCCGGCAGUGCACCGCCCCAUCACAGCUGCUACAGUAAUGAUGUCAGGACGAUCUGUCAAUCCCAAGGACCAAGACAUUAUUGACCUGGUCCAAAAGCAGCCCAAAGCAGCCCUGUACAGCUCCGUCCAACAAGAUUUUCGCAGUAUGUCUCACCCGGAGACUCAUUUUGAAAUGAAGGCAAAACCAGACCCCCUGGGAAACCUUCCCUAUGAUUUAAAACUUCCACCCACUGUGACCCCCUCAGCAGCCAAUAACAACCCCAAUGCUACCAGCCAGCCACAGUACCAGCCUGCUGGUUUUGUCCCCACCCCGGUCAUCAUCGCUCAGAAGCUUGCGGCCCAUCAGAGAGCUGCGGGCGUCAGCUUGCCUUCUACCAUCCUCUCCAAUUCCCGCCGAAGCUUGGACUCCAACCCCCAGGACCAGGCAUCCACCACGGCCAAGCCCAGCUAUUACCCAGACAACAUUAGCGUCAUCAUGGGAGGCAAGCAGACUGACGCUCUGCCACCUAUUAAUGUCCAGGAGCGAAAGGCCCAGGUUCUGACCCACCUUACAGGCCCGCUUCAGCUGGAGGAAACAGGCACGAAAAACACUCCAAUCCGAAGUUCCUCCUACCGGGAUCCAACUCAGGAUAGGACCAGAAUGGAGGCUCUCUCCAAGCUGGGCCUUAAUGCAGACCAGCCCUCAUCUAGUAGCUACUACCGGGCUGCCAACCAAUCUGUGCCAAGCAAAAACAAGGCAGACUCCUCACUGACCAGCAGUUAUGCCGAAAAGUCACAACCACUUCCUCUGUCUUUAACCUCCAGUGCAAAGACAACCCCUUCUGCCACUGACUUCAAUAACUAUCUGGACAAAAGCAAGUCACCAAAAACCAGGUCUUCCAGUAUGCUGGAAUCCCGUGGCAAUAUAAAUGCUACACCUGACAGCGCGCCUUCCUUAACUGACUUCAACAAUUAUGGAGGUAAGACCAAAAUCAUGAGCCUGGUGUCAUCUGUGAAGAGCAACACUGCUGCCAACCCCCAUAUUAGCCACGAGAACAGGCCUAGCAUGAUACCUCCACCCUCAGGGCCUGUGGUAUCAACCAACAGUUUUGGUGGCAAAAGUAGAUUCAUGGUUCCACCUACAUCUUCGAAGACUGAGCCUGAUGCCAGGUUGCCCAUACCAAGUGGUGGAGUUAAUAACAUUGGUAUCACGAGCAACAGUUACGGUGGCAAAAGCAAAGUUAUGAAUCCCUCGAUGUCAACAGCAGCAGUACCUGAGAUUGUAUUGCGUGACAGUUAUGGUGCAAAAAACAAAACUGUGAGUCCCGCAGUGAUCUCCGUCAACAGGCCCGAGGCAUCUGCCAGCAACCCAAACCAGAAUGUCCCCGUUACCACUCCCAGACCAGCAUACGCUCUGCCUAAUGCUUCUCUGGGUCCACUGGCAAGCCGGUCAGAACCUGUGCCAUCUGAUGCCACUGGACUGUCGCACCAAAGCAGUGGGGAUGGUGCCACCGCUGGGGCAGAACGACAGCUGUCCUUCUCCAAGCCCGCGGCACCACUGCGCCCUCAGGGUAUCACUGUACAGUUUACAGGACGUGGACCCACGGAUCAAUCCCGCAAGGAAGCCCUGCGUGUACUGGGACUGCUUAAGAAAGGGUCGGGGUACUCGUCCUGAGAUGAUCUGACUGGUUGUUAGUCCGUCCUUUUCCCUUCAUAACACCUUAAUACUGAAUUCUCACUUUUAUCAUCAUCUAUCUCAUUCCCUCCGGAGCUUGAACAAACUUGGACAGUAGGAUGUGGUGACCAUCCAAUCGGAAUGGGAAGUGAAGGAGAAAGAGAUGCAUUAUGAAUAACAAGACAAGGCAUUAAUGUUCAGACAAGAAGUAAUUAGCACCGAGAUCAAACACUUACUGUGUUUGCCUGGAAGCCAUUACAGCAGCUUAAAUCACAACCAUCAUACAUAGGUAGAGCAUAUGUUGGUUAAUUCCUGAAGAGGGUUGGCCUCUGUGUUGAGUUCUGCAUUGAAAGUUAGUCUUUCUUUUGUUUUGCAAGUUUUGAUGGGUGGAAUAACUGGUUACUGGUAUAUAAAAAAAAUCAGUGACAUGCAGUGCCAUCAUAAUGUCAAGGUGUGAACUAUAUGUCAUGUCUUCUGUCAAACAUGGGUGUAACUUCUGAUAGAUUGGACUGUUUUUCUCCUCUGGCAACAUGGUGUGAAGGAUCUCGAUCUUGUGUGUCAGCUGACGCUGGAAAAAAAUGUGUUUACAGAGUUGACAGAAGAGACUGCGUAGCAGUGAAUUAUUAUUAUUAUAUUUAUGAUUUGUUUCCAUAUUUAGAUCAAUAUUUAUGAUUUUAAUUAAGUGGAGCUCAACUGUUCUACUUAAAGAUUUCAUUUGCUUGAUUUUUUAUGUUUUCUAACAGAUGUGUGAAUGUAAAAAUAAAACAGCAGGAUGUUUAAAAGCCAGUUUAAUUCCAAAUCUUGAGUCAGUUUUAGGUAUGACAUAGUCUCAUUGUUCUCUGUAUGGCUGUGGGUUCAAAUCAAAUCAUUGCUCUAUGUUUGCAUGUUCCUAUACAAUUGUGGGUCUUCUCCUGUUACUUAUCAUGCAUGUGUCCUAUGAAUAACUGGUAUUUUGUUUAAGCUGUACCCCAUCUAAAGCCCCCCAGCCACCUCCUGUAUCUUCCCACCCUAAUUUUAAAGGUAUUAUUGUCAGUGUAAAUUAAUGUUUUGACAGUAUGUAUUGUACAUUUAUGUUGUAUUCAAAGGGCUGGGUAUUUAAUGCUCAUGUACAUUACAUAAUGACCAAAUUCAAGAAAUGGACUCUUCUCUUCUGUUUACGUUUAACCACACUGCUGGCAAAAUUAUAUAUUUAAGUGUGAUUUAAUCUCCACCCAUUAAAGCCACAAACUUGUAUUAAACGCUUGACUGUGGACACUAUAAAGAGAGGUCUAGUAAAUUUAGAUUUAUAGUAUUUUUUCCACUUGUAAAGGAACUCUAAUUUUCUCACAUAUUAUUUUUAUAUUUAUUUGCCAGCAGUGUAUACAGCCUCUUUAGCAUUGGCAAAAGUGGUACCGGUAUGUGAUCACAACUGUGUGAUUGUGAUACAACUGUGGUGCUUGUUGCUAGAUGUUUAAAGACUGAUACUGCACCCGAUUUUCUUCUCUUCUAGCUGUGCUGUUAGAGGCUUGGUGGCGACAUGUGAUCUUGUGCUUGUAUAUGUGUCAGAGAGCGGCAGACUUAGAGUGUGAGUAUGUCUGCAUCCAGGAAACUCUUAGCCCUGACUCUGGUUGGCUGUUUGAAGUAUUUCAUCCUGAUGCACCCUGCUUGUAGAAGCGUCAUUCUUCAGGUUCUGCUUAUCCUGAGAAGUUAUCGCCCUUCAUUUGUCCACUGCUCAGACAGCCUUUCUGUGUGGAUGCUGGCGGGUCCUGGGCUGUAGACCUCCUCACUGAGAAAGCUUCACAAAUACUCCGUAUGGUCCUUCAUAGGCACAGACUACAGACACAUCGUGGGAACACUGGGCAAAGUGUGUUACUACAUGUGUUACUACAUUUGAGGAGAGUCAGUUGUUUUAUUGCACCGAUUAUGUCCCAUUAAUGUUAGGUAUGCAAAGGAGAAUAAAAACAUUAUAUAUCCAAAAACAGUUCGUCUCUUGUUAAAUUGGUAGAUUGGCGUUUGUCCACUGCCACCAAGAACCGAGCCAUACCCAAGUCAUUCCGCAAACGGGCGGUUUUCCUUUGUAAAUUAUGCGAGUCGUACCCAUGCCAUACCAGCACUGACAUAGCCCUGUUUACUAGCAGGACUGAAAACAUAACUAAACCAAACCUGCUGUGUCACCAUAAUCUUAUUGGCUAAAAUAUGCGUACAGCGAAAUCCAGAGUCCUGUGUCGAUAUCCAUGGAUUAUCCGAAGGAACAAAGAGCAUGCGCUACAUAUUAAUGAUCGUAAGUAGCAUUGCACAGCAUGAUGCACUGAUGUAUUCCCGAUAUCUCGAAACUUGAAAAUUUCCUACCUCCUUCUUAAAAAAAGUGUUAUAGAGGAACUGAACGGAGUGGAUUUGUAAUGAAAAUUUUCUCAAUGUAAUGCUAAUUCUGCUAGCUUUUGAUGCUAACAACACAGCACUUUUCACAGAUGUGUUAGUGGAAAUUAAUGACUGUAUAGAGAGGUCUGGUCUCACCUCUUUUGUGCUCCACCUCACCAGUGAAAAUGCUUUGUGAAUAGAUUUAUGGAUGCAUAUCAGGCUAAGGGGUUUGUAAAGGUAAUUUUCCCAUCAUGGCUGAAACGGUGUUUAUAAUAUAUUGCUGAGCAGUGUUCUGUGUACCCACUGCAUCCUCUUCAAACAUUCUGCGUGGUUUGGACCAGGGAUUUAUUCAGCUCUCAACCUCACCUGCAAGAAGCCAGCAUCCUUUUUUUCAAUCCACAGUAUUGGAUACUAUGAUUUGAAUGAGGUAACCAUAUCAUUACCCUGGUUUCAGCUGGUAUGGAACAAUUAAGGGAAGCAAGAUAUUUCACCAAGUUGGACCUGCAGAGGUUGUAUAACCUCUUUGGGAUACGCGAUGGACAUGGAUAGAAGACGGCAUUCCACACAAGCAACGGCUACUAUGAAUAUUUGACUAUGCCUUACGGUUUGGUAAACGCACCAUCAGCCUUUCAUGUGUUCAUUGCAUAUACGGUGCCCUCCACAAUUAUUGGCACCUCUUGUAAAGAUUUGCAAAAAGUGUUCGAAAAAAAUCCACCUUUUGGUGAAGUAGUUUCAUCUCAAACUGAAAAAAAUGAGAAAAAUCCAACAUUUAAUUAA